GGCAUGCUCGGUGUCGGCGCAGCUCUGCUUCGCAAGUAGGAAGCCAGUGCACGACACCGGCGGCACCGAGUGGAGCGCUGCCGCGGCGGCCUGGGCCGCAGGGCGGGCGUGGGAGCGCGAGACCCGGCGGUGGCGAGAGACCGCGUCCCGGGCUGUCACCCGCGCGGCGGGGUCCAAGCCGGAGCGGGAACGGACGGGACGCCCGCCGCGCGGCCCGAGGGCGCCCCCAGGGCGGAGCUGCGGCCGGGGAGGAGGAGGACUCGGCCAUGGGGCUGCUGUCCCAGGGCUCGCCGCUGAGCUGGGAGGAGACCAAGCGCCACGCCGACCACGUGCGGCGGCACGGCAUCCUCCAGUUCCUGCACAUCUACCACGCCGUCAAGGACCGGCACAAGGACGUGCUCAAGUGGGGUGACGAGGUGGAAUACAUGUUGGUGUCCUUUGAUCAUGAAAAUAGAAAAGUCCAGCUGGUGCUGUCUGGAGAAGAUGUUCUUGAAACUCUACAGGAGAAGGGGGAAAGAACAAACCCCAACCACCCAACCCUCUGGAGACCGGAGUAUGGAAGUUACAUGAUCGAAGGGACACCUGGACAGCCCUAUGGAGGAACCAUGUCCGAGUUCAACACAGUGGAGGACAACAUGAGGAAACGCCGGAAGGAGGCCACUUCUGUGCUAGGGGAAAACCAGGCUCUUUGCACGAUAACUUCUUUUCCCAGACUAGGCUGCCCUGGAUUCACACUGCCUGAAUACAAACCCAACCCAGAGGAAGAAGGCGCAUCCAAGUCUCUCUUCUUUCCAGAUGAAGCCAUAAACAAACACCCCCGCUUUGGCACCCUAACAAGAAACAUCCGGCAUAGGAGAGGAGAAAAGGUCGUUAUCAACGUGCCAAUAUUUAAAGACAAGAACACACCAUCUCCAUUUGUAGAAACAUUUCCUGAAGAUGAGGAGGCAGCAAAGGCUUCUAAGCCAGACCAUAUUUACAUGGAUGCCAUGGGAUUUGGGAUGGGCAAUUGCUGUCUUCAGGUGACAUUCCAAGCCUGCAGCAUAUCUGAAGCCAGAUACCUUUAUGAUCAGCUGGCCACUAUCUGCCCAAUUGUUAUGGCUUUGAGUGCUGCGUCUCCAUUUUACCGAGGCUACGUGUCAGACAUUGAUUGUCGCUGGGGAGUGAUUUCUGCAUCUGUAGAUGAUAGAACACGGGAGGAGAGAGGCCUGGAGCCUCUGAAGAACAAUCGCUUUAGGAUUAGUAAAUCUCGGUAUGAUUCCAUAGAUAGCUACCUAUCUAAGUGUGGGGAGAAAUACAAUGACAUCGACCUGACCAUCGAUCAAGAGAUCUAUGAGCAGCUCUUGCGGGAAGGCCUUGAUCAUCUUUUGGCACAGCAUGUUGCUCAUCUCUUUAUUAGAGACCCACUCACCCUUUUUGAAGAGAAAAUACACCUGGAUGAUGCCAACGAGUCUGACCAUUUUGAGAAUAUUCAAUCCACAAACUGGCAGACAAUGAGAUUUAAGCCUCCUCCUCCAAACUCAGAUAUUGGAUGGAGAGUAGAGUUCAGACCCAUGGAGGUGCAGUUAACAGACUUUGAGAACUCGGCCUAUGUGGUGUUUGUGGUUCUGCUCACCAGGGUGAUCCUCUCAUACAAACUGGAUUUCCUCAUCCCACUGUCCAAGGUUGAUGAAAACAUGAAAAUGGCACAGAAACGGGAUGCUGUCUUGCAGGGGAUGUUCUAUUUCAGGAAAGACAUUUGCAAAGGUGGCAAUGCCGUUGUGGAUGGGUGCAGCAAGGCCCAGACCAGCUCUGAGCCAGCAGCAGAGGAGUACACCCUCAUGAGCAUAGACACCAUCAUCAACGGGAAGGAAGGGGUGUUUCCUGGACUCAUCCCCAUUCUGAACUCCUAUCUUGAAAACAUGGAAGUAGAUGUGGACACCAGAUGCAGUAUUCUGAACUACCUAAAGCUAAUUAAGAAGAGAGCGUCUGGAGAACUAAUGACAGUUGCCAGAUGGAUGAGAGAGUUCAUCGCCAACCACCCUGACUACAAGCAAGACAGUAUAAUAACUGAUGAGAUAAAUUAUAGCCUCGUUUUGAAAUGUAACCAAAUUGCAAAUGAAUUAUGUGAAUGUCCAGAAUUACUUGGAUCAGGAUUUAGAAAAACAAAGUACAGUGGAGGUAAAAGUGACUCUUCAAACUAGACAUCCAGCAGAAAGAGGUGCGUCUCGAGUGAGCGACAGCUGCAGCACUGACUGCUGCUGACCCAACCCGACGCCGCGAACACCACCAUGGCCUGUGUGUUCCUGUGCCAGUGGCCAGCGGUGCUAGCAGCUUCUUCAGUAGGUAAACCUGAGUUUGUACAUGUAUAUACUAAAGUAUUUUUAUGAUUAACAAUGUAUUUUAAUAACAUUGUAUCUAAAGUCAUAGUGAACUGGCUUGUACAUUUUGAAUCCUUACUCUGGAGCAACUAGUGUCUAGGCAGUUUUGUAAAUGUAAUUGUACAAUAAUACUUGCAUUCCAGAGUUUGAAAUGUUUACUGUAAAUCUUCCUUUAAUACUACCUGGGCCCUGAUUCACUGAAAUUUACUUAAAAAUGCGUUCUUGUAACUGUUUUUUGAGUUGCCUCCUUUGCUGCGUACGUAAAAUCACUGGAUUGCACUGACGCCCGCGGAUGCGGCACCCUGCCCGUGCUGGUCUUUCCCAUGCUCUCACCACUGCACUGAACUCUGCCGGCUCUUAGAAAAGAAACUCCUUUGGGAUUUGUCUAAAAUAUACAGACUCAGAGUUCAUGUGUAGAGAAUAUUGGGGAUGAUUUUGUUUUUGAAAAGCGAAAUCAUUCCCUUCUGUACACACUAACAGCUCUGUCAAAGCUGGUGUCUGCUCGUCCACUUCCACCGGUUGUCUGGUCACUGUGCCUAGUGACCAUCAAAUCAGUGCAGCUGCCAAGGUUUUUGUUACUCUUUUUCUGGUUUGCAGGAAGCACAUUAGUAGGCUGUCUUCUGACAGCCACCAUUCCAGAUUUCCCUGGGGAGUAUUCUGCAUUCUGCUUGCUUUCUCUGUAAAACUCAGAUCAAUCAUGAAAUGCACUAAUUUUUGUGAAUCAGGACCCUAAAUGUUUAAUUGUAAAUAAUUUGUUUUAUAAAUUGCUUUAGCUUUAUCUUCUUCAUUCUUAACUCAAUUUAACUACUUCAGAAAUAACUGUACUGUAGAUUAAGCCAAGCUUUAUGGAUAUAAAUAUUUACACUGUAAUGCCAAUUUUGAAAGAUUGCAAUAAAGCUGCUUCAGCUUAAAACUUUAAGGACUAGGAUUGGCUAUAUAUUUCAUUUAUUUUGGAAAUUUAAAGAAAGUCCUUUUUUCCUCUACAAUUUUGUUAUGUAAGUCAGGUUGUAAAAAGAAUAAAAUGUUUGUGAUAUAAGAAAAUAAAAGAA